AUGAUCUCCAAAUUAAUUUGUUGUGUUCUGUUCUACCUCAAAAUAUAUUUUACUUUUGCCGAAUUAUUUUCAAGCUCAAAUUCCUCGCCAAUUUCACAAAUUGAUUGGGCUAAUGUUCCAACACCUCCAAGAUUUAUUCACGAACGGAAUGACCCAAUUACUUAUUUUUCUCUUCAAGACUAUAAAGGGCCUAAUGGAAAUGGGCGGCAUGAGAGGGAUGAACACCAAAAUGGAAUUAAUCAUUUACAACAUUUUUUGAAACCAAAAGUUUUUAGAUGUGUUGCUAUUGGAAUUCCACGGCCCGAAUAUAGAUGGCUAAAGGAUAAUUCAACAUUUCCUGUCAAUGUUUACAGAGAUAGAAUAAUUACAAAUUCUGAUAAUGGAUCUUUAAUUUUUACAAAAUUUUUUGAAUCUGAUGAGGGGGAAUAUCAAUGUUUGGCUAGUAAUGAUAAUGGAACUGCUUAUUCUGAGAAAAUUAAACUUUUGUUGGCCUGUAGGUUUUUUGGAUAUUUUAAAGAAUUAAACUUCUUUUGUUUAAAAAAUUAAAAUUAACUUUUGGCAUCCUUUAAAGAUUUUUAAAAUUCAUUAAUGUGGGAAUUAGGGUGGGUAUCUUAUUGUUGGUCUUUUCAGUUUGGAGGACUGUAUUAAUUUCUAGAAGUAAAAUUAGUAUAAAGGUAUUAACAUGUUU